AUGCCAAAUGUAAACUUCCUCUUCCAAGGCAAAGACUAUCCAGCACCAGACACAGUCAAUAAAGCUAUAGAGGACACAGCAGAGUGGAUGAGGAGACAAGAGGAAGAUAAAACAGAGGUUAAAAAACCCACUAGCAGUACGCAACAUCUCAAAUGGACGCCACCAACUCAGAACUGGAUCAAAUGCAACACAGACCAUCAACAACAAGGUAUUGGAUGGGUCUCUAGAGACUAUGCGGGACGACUGUUGUGGGCAGGAGCACAAAGGUUCGAAGGUUUGAGCUCACCUGUGGAAACUGAAGCAACCGCUUUGAACUGGGCAAUAAGGUCAAUGGCCCGCUUGGGCUACUCACAGGUGAUAUUCGAAACAGACUCGCAGGUACUGGCAAGGAUGAUCGAAGGUUCAGCAGAGACAUGGCCAAAGAUACAACCGAUCAUCCAAGACAUCACCCAAUCCCUUCAGAAGAACCGGAGCUACAGAGUAGAGUUUUUCUCUAGAGACGGUAACAAAACGGCAGAUAGGAUAGCAAAGGAAGCUUUUUCAACGCCAGAGGAUUAA